AUGAAGCUUUGCGAGAUGAUUCUCGUAAAAGAUGCCGCUUACCACUGCAUUGGUGAAAUUGGCAAAUAUGGCAAUGUACAGUUCAAUGACGUAAGUUCAGACCCCUAUUUUGAAAAUACUCAUGAAUUAAAUUAUGACUUUUGCAAUUUCUUACCAUACCAGAUUGUCUUUUCGGAUCCAGAAAUCGAUUCAUAA